UUACGUAGUAUUUCUAUCGUUUUCAGCACUGGCCCCAAACGCACAUCGAUAAACACAGUGAUUCGGUCAGGUGAACAUUUCUGUUGUCUGAUUAACAGUGUCUAGGGGCAAAAAUGAGUUUAGCAAGUUGGUACCAUUACCUCAAUACGGAAGCUGCCGAUGUAAAAACGAAUGACUGGUUUUUGGUAAGCUCUAUUGUGCCUAUAAUUCUCAUCACAUCCGCGUACUUGUACUUUGUGCUAAAAUGUGGGCCAAGAUACAUGGAAAACAGAAAACCAUACUCUUUCAAAACCUUCAUCAGAUUGUAUAACAUAUUUCAAAUUGUGACGAAUAGUAUGAUCGUGUAUCACACAUUUGAGGCUGGAUGGUACAGAGAUUACUUUGUCUAUUGUACACCGAUAGAUCCGACUAUCACACCUACAGCUAUGAAGUUCGCCCAUAUAUCAUGGUACGUGCUAGCCCUAAAAGUUUUUGACUACACCGAGACGGUGUUGUUCGUGCUGAGGAAGAAACACCGACAGAUAUCAUUUUUACAUCUGUACCAUCAUGUAACGACAGUGUUUGUUGCAUGGGUGUUUGUAAAAUACUCGCCUAAUGGAAUGGCGAUUACGGUUCCGCUGGUCAAUUGCGGAGUACACGUGAUAAUGUACACUUAUUAUUUUUUGGCAUCGUUUGGACCAAACGUGCAACAAUACCUUAACGUAAUUAAACCUGGCAUCACCAUCAUUCAAAUGGUGCAAUUCGUCAUAUUGUUAGCAUACUUAACGACUGCAUUUGUUCCUGGUUGCAAGGACGUUAAAAUGAUGUCCGGAAUAGUAAUGGUGGACCUAAGCAUCAAUUUCUAUUUGUUUUAUCAAUUCUACCAGGAGACUUACAAGAAGCCAAAGCGUUCAUAAACAUUACGAAUUUUUGCAACGUUCCUGGAAGAAUGUUGGAGAAGAAACAUUUCAACAAUUUGCUCAAAUACUCGACACGUUCACCUGCUCAAAGUGUUUUAUUUUUCCUGUACCAUACUUAUAUAAGUAAGGGUAUCGACAAUAAUCAUCUACCAAAACUCUACCAAAUGUUAAUAUAUACAGUGAAACGUAACCUAAAUGAACAGAAAUAUCAGUUUCACAGGAAUACUACAAACUGCCAAUAUUUUAUUAAUAAUUGAUCCUUCAUAAGAGCCAAUUCUAUCUACGAGUACAAAAUUAACAUACACCUCUUGGCCUAUUUUACACGAAAACAAGAAGAUUAGCAGUAAUGGUCAUUGUGAGAAGAAAUCGUCUUCCGGGAAUGCAAUUUGUCUUGCACAAGCGCAGAGGCAUGCACUGCUGUGCAACAUCAUGAUGGAGGGAAACCACCUGUUGCAGUCGCCUGUUGCCUCUAACCAUACAACGUGAAUAAUCCAUCAUCUUGCACAAAAAUACACGAUGAUCUACUCUAGGAUUCUUUUUAAUUAUAUCUAAAGGUUACACAACUGAAAGAAACAGUGUUCGACCCACCAAUAUUUUAUUUGGAAAUUCAAUUUUAAUUGGUUUAAUUAAUAUUACUUUAUAUUAAAUGGAUUUUCCCUGAUAAUCCGGGAAAGGUUUUCAGAAAAACAACUUGUACAUACACGAGUUGUCCUUCUCACUAAUGAAAAUUACACGGCCGUGCAUCCAAUCUGUGUUUUUCAUUAACUCUCACAUGCUCGUCCACGUUUAUAGAAAGUAGUUCGCAUUAAGUCCACUCAUUAACAAGCGAUUUGUAUGCAAACCCGCGCUAUUUUCUAUCCGAUGAAAAUUACGGUAACGAUACAACCUGCUGACGAUAUUCAGAGCGUAGACGUAGAACAGGACACGUGAAAUUCGUCAUGAACAAUCAAAGAUUCUCUGUUUGAUACAAUAUACCAAGUCAGCUAAUCAGUAUCAAUUAGCACAUUAUCUAUAGCCUUGUAAAAUUAAAUGCUCUACAGACAAAUCUAUGCUAUCGAGUUCCUUUUAAUUACAGCCAACUUAAAUGUUAAUCCAUCCACCAAGGAAUAGACUAACGAUCAGAAACGUAUUUCAUUGAUUUGCAGUCGAUAAUCGUUACAAAAAGUGCUCGUAUAAUUUACAAUUCAAAUUCAUGAACAUAAAUUGUAUCUUCUCGUUGGCUAAUUUUCUUGCAGAUAAAUUACAAAACAAUUCUGAAACUGCGUUGUUGAAAAAGAUGAAUGGAGCUAUUGGAAAUAAAUAUUCACCUAUGUACUGUGAUUCAUAUACGAUUCGUUCUAUGAAUAAAUUGACGUUCUGCUAGCGUUA